ACCCUCCGCCUUCGCCAACGCUCAGCAUCUGCACAUCCCUACAAUGGCUAAAACAGCAAUGGCCUACAAGGAAAAAAUGAAGGAGCUGUCCAUGCUGUCACUGAUCUGCUCUUGCUUCUACCCGGAACCUCGCAACAUCAGCAUCUAUACUUACGAUGAUAUGGAAGUGAAGCAAAUCAACAAACGUGCCUCCGGCCAGGCUUUUGAGCUGAUCUUAAAGCCACCAUCUCCUAUCUCAGAAGCCCCACGAACUUUAGCUUCUCCCAAGAAGAAAGAUCUGUCCCUGGAGGAGAUCCAGAAGAAACUGGAGGCUGCAGAGGAAAGAAGAAAGUCUCAGGAGGCUCAGGUGCUGAAACAAUUGGCAGAGAAGCGGGAACACGAGCGAGAGGUCCUCCAGAAGGCUUUGGAGGAGAACAACAACUUCAGCAAAAUGGCAGAGGAGAAGCUGAUCCUGAAGAUGGAACAAAUUAAGGAAAACCGUGAGGCUAAUCUAGCUGCUAUUAUUGAACGUCUGCAGGAAAAGGAGAGGCAUGCUGCGGAGGUGCGCAGGAACAAGGAACUCCAGGUCGAACUGUCUGGCUGA